GAAUGAGGAAGUGAGAGAGGAGCUGCAGCCUGUUGAGAGGGACGGUAACAGUUGACACUGUACACACUGCAAACACAGACGCUUCGGCCGCAGAGACUCUGGACAGAGAGGAUGAAGAUGAAGGGCAGGCUGCUCCUGGCUCCGAUGAUGAUGGUCAUCGUGUCAGUGUUGGGCGUCUGGAGAACCACCAGUGGGGAACCUGGUACGACCGAUACUGCUCCUAAUCUGUGGACAACAGGUCGUCCUGGAGUAAAUCUAAACGGGGAUAUGUUCAAAUUAUCUUUCAAUAAAAGAGGACUAUACCGAUAUCGCCCCAACUAUUACCCCCAUCAUUCUAAUACAAAUCCUUACCAAGGUCGCUGGUACACCACCGCCAACUACCCUCCCAUGACCAUGCAGCCUGCACGACGCUGGUACCCCACCAACUACCCUACCAGGUACCCGUACCCCACCAACUACCCUACCAGGCCCCGGUAUCCCACCACCUACCCUACCAGGCCCCGGUAUCCCACCACCUACCCUACCAGGUACCCGUACACCACCGCCAACUACCCUCCCAUCACCAUGCAGCCUGCAGGGACCUGGUACAGCACCUACCCUCCCAUGACCACGCAGCCUACGACUACAAAUCGUCCUGGAGUAAAUCUAAACGGGAAGAUGUUCACCUUAUCUUACAAUGGAGGAGGAAUAUCCUUAUCUCCCCCCAACUACUCCCCCCAUACUACUUCUCCUUACACACAACGCUGGUACACCACCACCUACCCUCCCAUGACCACGCAGCCUUCGACUACAGGUCUGUCCGUGUGUCUGCGCUACCUCACCGACUCAGGAGGCCCCACAGUCACGCUCAGUCCAUCCAGCAGAUACCGUCUGUCUUUUCAAGUCAGUUCGAAUUCAUGGUAUAGCCUGUCAUGUGACAGGUACAGCUCCUCCACCAAGAGCUUCCUACCCAACAUCAAAUUCUGGCCGGACGUUUCUGCGGCGGACAUGUGGACCAGCGUCUGCCUCACCGUGGACACCGUGCACAGAGUGGCCCAGGUGUUCAGCGGCUCAAACAUGAGCAUCAGGAAGAUGCUGCCUUUCAAGUGUUCACGGACAGGUGAGCCUGUGAUGGAUAUUUCAGCUUUUGAUGGACAGGUGACAGACGUCCAGGUGUGGGAUUAUCCUCUACUCUACAGAGAAGUCAUCAACUACAUGAGCACCAGUGCCUACAAGUUGUACCGCGGCUCCGUCCUCACCUGGUCCGACAUCAACUACUCUCUCAACGGAGACGGGCAAUUGGAGGACGUGUACGAGAUUCGGGCGAGACAGCCAAUCGGCGGGAGGGGGAAGAAGCCCCGGGAGAGAAUGAACAGACAGAUGCUGUAGCUUCACACACACACACACACACACACACACACACACACACACACACGCGUUGGAAAAGCUGCAAUUCACCAACAAUCAAUAUGAAAUGGAAUUAAUAUAUUACUGAUAAGAUAAGAGUGAUGAUAUUUACACGGCAAUAAACUAUAACCUGUAAUCUCAGUAUAACCCCAAUAAGAUAAUUCAGUUAAUUGUUUUUUUUACAAACACUUUGUCACUUUUGUAUUUUGAUUCCUUAACUUUGUAUGUUAGUGGGGAAAAAAAUAAAAGAGAUUUGUCACAGAA